AUGACGAGAGGAGAUAUCCAGACCAUUGAUCUUGAUAUCACAUGUGCUGCUUCUUCCAACCACUACUCCAGCCGGUUUUCGUGGAAGCAAAAUGUGUGCUUGGUCUUCCUUGACACUGAAGAGUUUAGCUAUGGCCGUGUACUUAUGCACGGGCCGUUUGGACACAGUCGACGUGUCAAAUUGCUAAAGAUUAGUGAUGGAGAAUAUGAAAUGGCUUAA